CAAAAAAAUAUUAAAACUAGUCAUUAUCAGAUAAAAUUAGUGUCAUAACGCUUGUUUGCGUGCAAACAGUUGUCAUAGUUAUAAAAAAAAUUACUUAAAAAAUUGAAGAAAAGCAAUGAAUUUCAUCAUUUUCGUUACCUUAUCACUUUUUUUGACAUGCAAUGCGUUACCUCCGAAAAUUCUGCGACGUUUUUGGACCAAUACGGGAUUCGCUCCGAUUGGAAAUGACCCAAGGGAGGUACUUUUGUCAUCAGAUACCCUCACAAACGUUGAUUUGAUCAGCUCACUGCCGAAUCAGGGACUUGAAACGAUCCGAAUUCAUUGGUUGUUGGACUUGGUUGACUCGAAAGGCGAUAAAUAUGGAAAAUUAGAUAAAUUUUUGGAUGGAUUGGUACAAAAAAAGAUGAAUUUAGGACUUGAAAUCAUGAGUCAUCGCAAAUUUGAGUAUGAAAAUGACAUUUAUGAGCUCUUGAAACGUUACACGAUGCGGUAUGGAAUUGAAAUUACCUCGAAAUGGAAGUUGGAGACAUGGAAUGAACCGGAUUUGAAGUCUUAUAACGUUUUAAAUUUCACUUUAGAUGACUAUUUGAACUACAUUCAAGCCUUAAAAAUAGGACUUGAACGAAUUUCUGACGAAUCAGGACACAAUUUUACUCUAAGAGGACCUGCAGGAUUGUUUCGAAACCCAAAAAAUCACGAAUUUUGUUGGAAAGCUGUUGAAUUAUGUCAAGAUGGGACCAAAAAAUGUCCUUUUGAUGUCAUAACUUUUCAUCGUAAAGGCAAUGGAUCAGCUGAAUCUGUAUUUAGUGAGACAAUUUCUCUUAUUGUUGAACUUUCGAACACUUUUCCACGGUUAUCUCAGAUGAAAUUCUCCAACGAUGAAGCAGAUCCAAUCGUUACAUGGUCCGAACCGCGUGAAUUUCAAGCUGACAUCCGUUACGCUGCUACCGUAGUUGAAACUAUUCUUCUUCAUUGGACUGCAAUUUACAACGAAAUCAUCAAUUUGGAGUCAAUUAGUCACGAUAACGCCUUUCUCAGCUUUUAUCCGCACCAAUUUACCCAAAGAACGCUCUUGGCACGAUUCCAAAUGAACAAUUCCAACCCGUGGCAUACACAAUUCUUUCAAAAACCCGUUUUUGCUGCACUUGGAUUGAUGGCGAAUCUUGGUCCGUUAGCUUUUGACAUCGAAAAGAAGCAAAAUUGGAAUGGAAGUGACGUUAUCUACUUAAGCACGAUAGGAAAAGGUUCAAAAUUUUACCUCUCAACGAUAUUGGUGAUGAAAAAAUCCAUCAAAACGAACAUUUUUCGUUAUGAAUUACCACAAGAACUUCUUAAAAGAGCUUCAAACACGACAAUUUGGUAUUCCGUGGAAGGAAUUAUCGAUGGCGUGACGGAUCCUUAUCAUUUUUGGGUAAAAAAUGGCAGUCCUGCAUUCCCAAAUCCCGCAUUUCGUGACAUUUUACGGAAAAUUCAGACACCUUUACUACUGGAUCAUGGCAAAAAAGAGACUUUAACUCAUUUUGACAUCACAGAAGAACGUUCCUCGAUCAUUUUGAUAAGAGCUUGUGAAGAAGGAACACCUGCGCCGAUAAAAAUUCAUGAAAUUCGUUUGACAAAAGUUACCGAAGAUGAAGUUUUGAUCAUUUGGAGUGAUAAAUUCUACGAGGAACGAUGCAUUUUGACAUAUCAAGUGUAUUUUCAAGGAAAAAAAGACGGAAAAUGGGAAGAAAUUACCAAAAAUCGUCAUGUUCCUUUCAUGAAUUUCCAGUUUAGAGCGAAAAAUGCUACUUUGGGAUGUUACAAAGUACGCUCCGUCGACAUUUUAAUGCAAAAAAGUGAAUUUUCGGAAGUUCAUUGCAUGUAAAGUCAUAUUUUUAAUCAUUCAUGAGAAAGAAAACCAAAAAAAUUACAUGAGAUCAUUAAAUUUAAUACGUAUUUUAUCAA